UGAUUUCAGCCAAUGGCGGUGGAAGUGAGAUGUGCAUUAGCCAAUUCAUGAUGGAGUUAAAGGAAAUAGGCGGGCACUUGUCAACUACGGUCACGACGUUGUCGUGAACUUUGCCGGUGUUGAACUACCCCUGGACCCAAACCGUCAGUUCUGUUACAGUCUCAGAGUAUGGGCAGUGUGUUGGCUGCCGCCUCCCCCAGUUCUGCCCCAGCUGCGGCUGGAGGUAGCCAAGGGGUCCCAGGGUUGGUGUCGGUCCCUCCAGGGUUUACCAUGCCCUCAGUGUCUUCCGUCCCUUCAACAUCUGGAUCUGACCAGCAGACAGCAGAUGCAGAUUCCACACUCCCAAACCCAGGCACAUAUGAGGAGUGCCAUCGCAAAUGUAAAGAGGUGUUUCCUCUGCAGAUGGAAGGGGUGCGGUUAGUGGUCAACAAGGGCCUGAGUAACCACUUCCAGGUCAGCCAUACUGUUACCCUCAGUACCCUAAGCGAUUCUGGUUAUCGAUUUGGUUCCACCUACGUAGGCACUAAACAGACUGGACCAGCAGAGUCAUUCCCAGUCCUGGUUGGAGAUAUGGACAAUACUGGUAGUCUGAAUGCCCAGAUCAUCCACCAGCUCACGACUGCUGUGCGCUCCAAAAUAGCCAUCCAGACUCAGCAGCAUAAGUUUGUGAAUUGGCAGUGUGACCUGGAGUAUCGUGGUGAAGACUUCACCUCUGCUAUGACGCUCGGAAAUCCAGACAUACUUGUUGGAUCUGGCAUUAUGGUGGCCCACUAUCUCCAGUCUAUCACACCAGGACUGGCUCUGGGUGGUGAGCUAGUGUACCACAGAAGACCAGGGGAGGAAGGGGCUGUCACCUCCCUCUUGGGCAGGUACACAGGUGACAACUACGUAGCUACAUUGACUUUGGGAGGAGCAGGAGCUCAUGCUACAUACUAUCACAAAGCCAAUGAUCAGUUGCAGAUAGGAGUUGAAUUUGAAGCCAGCACAAGGAUGCAAGACACCACAACAUCCUUCGGUUACCAGUUGGACCUUCCCAAAGCGAACUUGCUCUUUAAAGGCACAGUUGACAGUAAUUGGGUGGUUGGGGCAACCAUUGAAAAGAAACUGGUGCCACUGCCUCUCACACUGGCCUUAGGAGCUUUCCUCAACCAUCGCAAGAACAAGUUCCAGUGUGGCUUCGGUGUCACCAUUGGCUAGAGGUGCGGAGGCUGCCUGGAGUCAACUCACAGGCCACAGCUUGGACUGGCACAGAGACACACAGGCACCUGGACUAAGACUUAAAAAUUGGAUUCAGAGACUCUCUUACAACUGUGAUUUCUGGGGCAGACAGAGAGAAAAAAAAAGACAACUACCAAGGAGCCAGGACUGGCCAAGCCAUGCCUACAUUCUGUAGCACAAAUGUCUUUCCUUUUUGGUGUAUUGGAUAUACCCAGAGGCUAGAGAGAUGUAUAUCAGAGGGCAUCAGUGAUGCAUGAGAACAUGUGGUGUGAAAAAAAGUAAGCGGUUAGAAAUAAUAUAUGGUGAUCAUGUAUGGGUUGAAAUAAAUGUGAUUACUUUUUGUAAAA